AUGACUGUACUAAAUGAAUCUGAAAUUGAGAGGCUAAAAAAGACAAAGAUCAUUGGUAUUAUUGGGUUAGGCGAAAUGGGGCUUUUGUAUGCCCGUAGAUUUAGUCAAGACGGCUGGCGGGUGGUGGGUUGUGAUAGAGAAGAACUCUUUGAAGAGAUUAAAGCUAAAUAUGCUAACGAGAGUUUUGAAGUGUUAGCUAGUGGUCACUUUGUUUCGCGUGUAUCUGACUACAUUAUAUAUAGCGUUGAAGCAGAAAAUAUCGGAAGCAUUGUUGCCAAAUAUGGGGCGUCAACUAAAGUGGGAGCCAUCGUUGGUGGUCAAACAUCUUGUAAAGCACCAGAAAUAGAGGCAUUUGAAAAAAACCUACCGAGUGAUGUUCAAAUUAUUUCGGUUCAUUCAUUGCAUGGGCCAAAGGUUAACACUAUGGGCCAACCUUUAGUUUUAAUUAAGCAUAAAGCAUCUGAAGAAAGUUUUCAAUUUGUUGAAUCUCUAGUUUCAUGCUUAAAGUCCAAACAUGUGUAUUUAUCUGCUAAGCAGCACGACAAAAUAACUGCCGAUACACAAGCUGUGACACACGCAGCAUUUUUAUCCAUGGGGGUGGCAUGGAAAGCGAUCAAUCAGUAUCCAUGGCAGACGCCUAGAUGGGUUGGAGGAAUUGAAAAUGCAAAAAUUAACAUUUCACUCCGAAUAUUCUCUAAUAAAUGGCACGUCUAUGCUGGCUUAGCAAUAACAAACCCAUCUGCACAUGAACAAGUAUUGCAGUAUUCCAAAUCUGUGACUGAGCUAUUUACACUAAUGAUACAAGGGAAAAAGCAAGAGAUGAGAGAUAGGCUCUUCAAGGCUAAGAAUUCUGUUUUUAAGCAUAUCAAUUUACAUGAUUUAUUAUUGGACGAUAGCAUUCUAGAGAAAUUUUCACUCAGCAAGGAGCCGCCAGGUGGAAGGCAGCCGAAUUCCCAUUUAUCUCUUUUAGCGAUUGUAGAUAGUUGGUUUAAUUUGGGAAUCGUUCCUUACGAUCAUAUUAUAUGCUCAACUCCAUUGUUCAGAAUAUUUUUAGGAGUAACAGAAUACUUAUUUUGUACCCCCGGCCUCCUUGAAGAAUGCAUAGAGGUAGCCAUAAGUGACCCAUCAUUUAGACACGAUGACUUAGAGUUUACUAUUGCUGCUCGCAACUGGUCUAGUAUAAUCUCCUUUGGCAACUUUGAUUUAUACAGAAAAGAAUUUGAAGAAACACAAGAGUUUUUCAAGCCCAAAUUUCCUGAAGCCAAUGCUAUGGGAAAUGAAAUGAUAAAAACAAUUUUACAAAGAGUCAGCGAAAGAGAAUCUUGA